AUGCCAUCCCUGUUCCAGCUCUAUCACGGUGCCAUCUCAGCGUCAGAUGCUUCUGACUGUUUCUUAGCUUCUGCUUUGUCUUUGGACCUUUCUCAAGCUCCAGAUAUCAACGAAGAGGUGUGGGCCAGGUUCUGGACGUCGCACAACAGACAGAACAUGCCUCUCAUAGCUGAACACGGCACUGUGGAAACCGAUCUCCAGCUUUCCUCGCCACCAUUAUCUCCUUCACGAUCCUCGCCACAGACUGUCCUGUACAGCUCCAAGGAUGAAAGCAAGGAAGACGUCGCUGAUAGACAAGAACUCGACGCCGAGACUGUGGCAGCAUCAACAACCGCGCCUCCAGGCAAAGAGCUGGAGCCCGAGCUUGACGAGGAGAACAGUCCUACCGUCCCUAUAGAGACCCACUUCGCUGGCGAGCCAGUGUACAUGUCGGGCGCCGUCUCGCUGCAGGACAAAAUAGCGGAUGAUCCUGGCGUAUCCGCCAACGACAACAUCGAUUGCGACUAUCGCCUUGUCUUCGACCAGAUGCCGUACAGAGUCAUUCGUCGCAAUGCGCUCUACUCGCUGGGCAUGCCCGCGGAUACCGACACGCUCGUGGAUAGUCUGCCGCCACAGUUCGUCACCACAAACCUCGGCAUCCAGAGAGCUUGGGAAGAGUGGACUGGUUGGACGCAAAAUGCCGAGCUAGAAGGGUCCGACGAAAAUCCCGCGGCCGACUCCGCUGCCAUGCUGGUACGGGCCAUCAUAUGCCGAGGCGGUAUGCCCCCGACCUAUGGUCAGCAAGUCAUCUACGCGGAAGAUAUCAUACCACUUGAGCAUUUGCAGCCUGAUGGUGCUGGAAGUUGCGAGUGGAACGGCAGGACUGAGGUCUAUGACCCGGCAUAUUGGAUGGCAUUGCAAAUGCAAGGGGAGAUCUGGAAUGAGAUGCCGGAGAUUCCCACCUUCACGUGA